UAUGUGUGUGUUAGUGAGUGUGUCUGAGGCUCGUCGAGCAGCAGGGGAACUUGAAAACUUCACCGCGUUCACCGAGGGACAUCUCUGACCGGAGAUUUGGCGUUUAGGGAGCCGAAUCCGCCGCUUCCAGUCCAGCUGUGAUCGACAGAGGAGGACCGGUCCGGUUCUCAGCACUGGAACGAUUUCCGGCCAACAUGGAUGAUUUAGAUGCUUUGUUGGCGGACCUUGAGUCCACAACAUCCCACAUUGCCAAGCAUCCUCUCUUCCUGUCUGACGAGACCGCCUACUCCUUCCCUGUGGGGAGUCAGACCCAGCCAGACAUCUGCUCUCCAUCCCAAGUCCCAUCCACUCCCUCUGAGCAGACCCUAAACGGACUGGAUGAAACAGAGUCCUUCAGCUCAGCUCAGAGAAGUCCCUGGUCUAGAGAUAGCAGCAGUCCAACACAACCCAUCGGUGGAGAGGACCACGUUUACAGUUUCCCUAAUAAGCAGAAGAGUAGUGAGUCAUCAGCUGUUGCCAUGAACUCAUCCUUGGGCAGCAACCUGUCUGAGCUGGACCGCCUCCUGUUGGAGCUCAACGCUGUCCAGCAGAGCACCCCUGCCUUCCCCACAGAAGAAGAAGCAGCUCCUCCGCUGCCUGCCAGCAGCGUCAUCCACCAUAUCCAUGAGAAUGGAGUUGCAGGCAAGGCUCCUCCACCUGCAUUGGAGAAGCCCAAACGCAGUGCUGCAGCUCGAGGAGUAGGAGAUGUACGACCAAGUGUAGAGAGACUUCUGGAUGAGCUGGAAAGUUCUGUGCCCGCACCCAUUCCUACACCGUUGGUUGUGUCAGACAAACAAACAGAUGGACAAGAGGAAACACCAGCACAGCAGCAGGCCAGGAUGUCUGCCUCCUCUGCCACACGAGAGCUGGAUGAGCUAAUGGCCUCCCUGUCUGACUUCAAAGUCCAAAGCAAUAUCCAGUCCCAAGGAAAGACUUCUCCCACCGGUCCCCCCAAACCAGCCAACAAGCUGGACAACAUGCUGGGAAGCCUGCAGUCGGACCUCAACAGACUUGGAGUCCAGACGGUGGCUAAAGGUGUCUGCGGAGCCUGCAAGAAACCCAUUGUUGGGCAGGUGGUGACUGCCAUGGGCAGAACGUGGCACCCCGAGCACUUUGUGUGCACCCACUGCCAGGAGGAGAUAGGCUCCAGGAACUUCUUUGAGCGGGAUGGGCAGCCUUACUGUGAGAAAGACUACCACAGCCUGUUCUCACCGCGAUGCCACUACUGUAAUGGACCCAUACUGGAUAGAGUGGUGACUGCUUUGGACAAGACUUGGCACCCAGAGCACUUCUUCUGUGCCCAGUGUGGAGCCUUUUUUGGACCAGAAGGUUUCCAUGAGAAGGAUGGAAAGGCAUUCUGCAGAAAGGACUACUUUGACAUGUUUGCCCCUAAAUGUGGUGGCUGUGCCCGUGCCAUCCUUGAGAACUACAUCUCUGCUCUAAACUCACUCUGGCACCCUGAAUGCUUCGUCUGCAGGGAGUGCUUCACGCCAUUCAUAAACGGCAGCUUCUUUGACCACGAGGGCCAGCCGUACUGUGAGUCGCACUACCACGAGCGGCGCGGCUCGCUGUGCUCCGGCUGCCAGAAGCCCAUCACCGGCCGCUGCAUCACUGCCAUGGGCAAGAAGUUCCACCCAGAGCACUUUGUGUGCGCUUUCUGCCUCAAGCAGCUCAACAAAGGCACCUUCAAGGAGCAGAAUGACAAGCCCUACUGCCAAGGCUGCUUCAUUAAACUCUUCAGUUAGACUGUGUGUUUGUGUAUAAAUGUGUGUGCACACGCGUCGACACAUUUAUUUACGUGCCUGAAUGCACGUGUGGAUGAGUGUGCACUCAAAUGUCUAGCAUGUAUGAGUCAGUGAAGUGUUUUUCUGAGUCUGUGAUCACAUCACAAGGGUGAGAAAUGUCUCUGACCAUUGACCCUUCACUCUGAAGGGACUUCCCUGGCUGUCCAACCUCUCAGGCUUGGCAUUUCACACUUUUGCUAAGGACGUUUUUAAACAGAGCCCAAAGAGAUUUUUAUUUAGCAUUUUAUUCCUGUGUGUGCAGCAAAGAAAAUGCAUUAAUUUCCCCUUGUGUGUGUACAGAUAGAAGCAUAUGAGGGUCAAAUUAAGAAGUCCUCAGAGCCCCGAUUUGUAAAUGAUUUUAUUCCCCCAUUGCAGGGCAAGACCUUGCACCAUAUGGUGGUUUUGUUUGAUUGCAUGGACCAUGGAGAGUUGACUUAAGCGGUUUCAAAAUAUGUUGAGUGUUAAAUACCCAGUGCUUGGCCAAUGAGCACUGAAAAUACUCUAUGAAAAAGAUGUAUUUUUCUAGCUUUGGAAACUAUUGAGGUGCCAUUUAAAAUGAAAACACUCCAUGUGUACAUGCACACAGACACACACUGAACUUCUUCAAUUCUUUAAAAUACCAGUUCAAACUCUUUGCACACUCUAACCACAGAUCUCUUGAUGAGACCAUCUUAAGGUGCGUUUUACAGGUGUCGGCAAGAUAUUAGCUAGCCCUUAUUUUUCUACUGUUUUACUAUGAAAAUGAACCCAGAUGCUUUCUCAGUUUCAGCAUACAUUACAUUCAUAUUUGUGUUUUCAUUUUUUCCCAGUGGAAGUGAAAUCAAACAUUAGAAAGUAAUCACACUGAACUUUUUCCCCCUGUAGCAACUUGGGAGUUUGUUUUUACUUCCCUAUUGCAAAGUGUGUGUUGUGUCACAUACAUUUGAAUAAUGUUCAAAUAAAAUUUAACGGUUGCGACAGGAUAGUAAAUGGAUAGUAAAGGAUAGUAAAUGUACAAUGGUUAUUAAUAUUGAUCUUGUGGUGCAAUUUAAAACAAGCCAAGACAAAAUUAAUUGUAUUCUCCAGUUUAAAAGCGGAGAUUUCACUGCUGUAUUUGCCCACACAGUAUAAAUUCAGAAGAAUUCAGUUUAGGAUUAGAAGCGUGGUUUCAUUUAUGUGGCACUAGCUGCCAGUUGCUGUUACAAUCAGAGUCUAAAUUUAUAUACCUGUAAUAUGCUCGACUUUGUGACGGAGCUGUGUUUUGUCACUGUUUUUGAUGAAUCUAGAGAUAUUUUUUAGCUGUUUGGGCUCACACUGAUAUGCAAGGAGCUGGCUCUAUUGACAUGUAGGCUAACAAUAGUUUGCCCUGUUGUCACAAACACGCACCAGCCUGGAUUCCAGUGUGUCAGACUUCCAAGGAAACGCAGCCCUUAUCAUUUUUGUUACGAGUCGUGAACUGUGACCCUGCUGUCUGAGUUGAUAUCAGCGCGUGGCUCACUGAUGGAAGCUGGAUGUUAGUGUUAGCUGGUCAGGAAUCAGAAUACGACACAGAGCCUGGGCCAAGCCUUUAGCUAAAUCUAUGUGAUUACUCAUUUCAUUUUUUUUUGACAAUGUUGCUUCUCUUUUAAUUUUGAUCAAUAGGUGUGCAAGGAGGGAAUACACAGUAUUCACAUUCAGAUCGUUUAACUUUGAGGGGAUGUUUGCUCUUGUGCCAAAUGUGUCAAUGCAAUAAGGUCUUAUACACUGUGGAGAUCUCAACCUUUCCUGUGAUUGGACUCUUUAUGGGCUGAACUCUGGGAGAGGCUUUAUCUGCUGUGGUGCAUUUUAACUCUGAACACCCAAAACUUUACACUGUAAUAGAAAAGCCAAGGAGAAACCUUCUGUCCUGCGUCAUUCAGCAGACAGCAUGGCGUACACUUGUAGCUGAUUCAGAUUUACAGGAAGUAGCAAGGGGAAAUGAACAGUUAAUUUAGCCCCAUGUAUAUUUAUCUGCAUACAGUAUACUGCCUUAUAGUUUUUGCUUCUGUCAAAGAGUUCAUGAGAGAAAAUCCAAGCCUUUUACUGUUGAGGAGAUUAUGUGGAUUUUGCUUUGUAAACGGAGACAUUCAUGUCAUCUUCUACCAUUUGAAUUGUCUCAUGAGCCAUAGAUGUUACUGGCUCUUUGUGUAGGUGGGGUGUAAGCUUAUGUGGGUCUUCAUUACUGACUGAUUAUUAUUACUGCUGCAAAUAAAACAAGUACUUUAUUUCUGGCA